AUGGCCUUUGUGCAGUUGUAUUUUGAUGUCCUUCCAUCGAAUGAGCAGGUUGUUGAUCAGCUCCAAGCAUUUCAUCCGCGCACUACCCUCUCUACACUUCAUGGGUCAACAUUGACUCAUUUUAAUGCUUUACCUUUGGAUCCAGAGGACGUUGGGAAACGGUUAUCCGUGGAGGUGUGGGAUUGGGAUCGAACGUCUCGCAACGACUUCAUGGGCUCGCUCUCUUUCGGUGUGGGCGAAUUGAAGAAGGCAUCAGCCAGUGGGUGGUUUAAAUUGCUCUCCGCGGAAGAGGGCGAGUUCUACGCCUGUCCCUGCAUUGAUGAGGCUGGAGCCGCGUUGGUGGAGCUGAAGAACAAAGUGAAGGUAGGCCACCAACUCAGUCGUUUAGUGAGGCAUGACGGUGUCGAGAUGGUUGACUUUUUGGUGAGCCUUUUUGAUCAACUUCAUGAAGUGUGUGAAGUGCCCAAUAACGCAAGAAUGUGGUCCAUACGGGUCCUGCAAUUCACCUACCUUUGA